AUAGCUCGGCCCGCGAUGCAGGAGACCUUAGAACAUUCUACAAAAAUAGCGUUCAAACAAAACAACUUCCUAAGCCUGAAGGAUGCGGACGAGAGGCUCGACUUUGAGGAACAUUUAGGAGCUGGAACGCCGCACCUUCCCUUCCUCCCAGCCCUGCCUCCUUCUGUGGAACAGAGCUCAGUAGAACUUGGUUGUUUUGCCUUUUACUCUGGGGGGAGAGACGCAGACGAUGAGGAAAAAAUAAUGAAUGUCAAAGGAAAAGUGAUUCUGUCAAUGCUGGCUGUCUCAACUGUAAUUGUUGUGUUUUGGGAAUAUAUCAACAGCCCAGAAGGCUCUUUAUUCUGGAUAUACCACUCAAAAAACCCAGAAGUUGGUGACAGCAGCAGUCAGAAAGGCUGGUGGUUUCCGAUCUGGUUUAGCCAUGGUUACCAUGAAGAAGACAUAGACAAAGAGAAGGAACAAAGACAGGAAGACGAGGAAGAAAAGCUUCAGCUUUCGGACUGGUUUGAUCCACAGAAACGCCCAGAGGUUGUGACCAUGACCGGAUGGAAGGCGCCAGUGGUGUGGGAAGGCACUUACAACAGAGCCAUCUUAGAAAAUUAUUAUGCCAAACAGAAAAUUACCGUGGGUUUGACAGUAUUUGCUGUCGGAAGAUACAUUGAGCAUUACUUGGAAGAGUUCUUAACAUCUGCCAACAGGCACUUCAUGGUUGGCCACAAAGUCAUAUUUUACAUCUUGGUGGAUGAUGUCUCCAGGAUGCCCUUGAUAGAGCUGGGUCCUCUGCGUUCCUUCAAAGUGUUUGAGAUCAAGCCUGAGAAGAGGUGGCAGGACAUCAGCAUGAUGCGCAUGAAGACCAUCGGGGAGCACAUCGUGGCCCACAUCCAGCACGAGGUGGACUUCCUCUUCUGCAUGGACGUGGACCAGGUCUUCCAAGACAGCUUUGGGGUGGAGACCCUGGGCCAGUCGGUGGCUCAGCUACAGGCCUGGUGGUACAAGGCAGAUCCUGAUGAGUUCACCUACGAGAGGCGGAAGGAGUCUGCAGCAUACAUUCCGUUCGGCCAGGGGGAUUUUUAUUACCAUGCGGCCAUUUUUGGUGGAACACCCACUCAGGUCCUAAAUAUCACCCGCGAGUGCUUUAAGGGAAUCCUCCAGGACAAGAAAAAUGACAUAGAAGCUCAGUGGCAUGAUGAAAGCCAUCUAAACAAAUAUUUCCUUCUCAACAAACCCACUAAAAUCUUAUCCCCAGAAUAUUGCUGGGAUUAUCAUAUAGGCCUGCCUUCAGAUAUUAAGCUUGUCAAGGUAUCUUGGCAGGCAAAAGAGUAUAAUCUGGUUAGAAAUAAUGUCUGACUUUAAAUUGUGCCAGUAGUUUUCUGAAUUUGAGAGAGUAUUAUUCUGGCUACUUUGUCAGAAAAGUAACACUUAAUUUUAACUUAAAAAAAAAGUACUAACAAAAUACCAACACAGCAAGUACAUAUUAUUCCUCCUUGCAACUUUGAGCCUUAUAAUAUGGGAGAAUGAACAUAUUGUAAUCAGAUGUAAAUUCCCAGUGAUUUCUUAUCUAUUCUGGGUUGGGGAAUAUGUGAUCAGCUGAACCAAAAAAAAAGAAAAGAAAAGAAAAAUUGUCAUAGGCAAAGAAAAAGCCAGAAACACUCUACAAGUGCCAGAUGAUAUACUGGAGAAAAGCGUGCAAAGGGAAGUGUUUGGCAACAAGAUACAAUCCUGAGGGGCUGUCCUCUUGAUUCCAGUGUCCUCCUGUCUUUGCUGAGUCUAAAGCAACACAGAGCUGCUUUGCAGCAGGAGAACUCAAGGACACAGUCUACCUUGGCAAUCCUCAAAUGGUUUCAAUAGUAGAGUGCUUCAGGCGGUUUGUAGUCCAUGGCCUUUUCUCAUCAGGACGUUGUUUGGCUUCUGUGCAGAGACUGGUCAAGAGUCCCAGCGGAUAAUCAUGGGGUGAAUGUUGGGGGUCACAGGGGAUCUGAAUGAGCCAGUGGGUGCUCAGCAUGAAGUGAAAACAAAGUCUCAAAGUAAGCUGGCCAUGAAAUAGCGAAGAGAGAGUGGAAAGAGAGAGUUUGAUCACUGUGGGGCAGUGCUACUCUGAGGGGCAGCAGGGCAUGGGGUUGGCAUGUAAACACAGCGUGGAUCCAGGCGCUGAAUGGGAGGCAGCGUGGGUGGUCUCCAGCCUCCUCAACCCUAAGACAACCAGAGAGCAGCGUUGUCUUAGAAGAUGCUUCUUGUCUGGGCCAAGUCGCAUUCAGUUUGCCAGACUCUGGAACUUUUGUCUUCAAAUCCUUGGCCAGAGGAAGUGGAUGGUGCCAGAGUAGACAAAGGCCCACCAUGGACUGAAGAGGCUUGCAAAGGGUCACAUUUCCCAGACCUGGGCUUCAUGACGGUUAGUCAUCAGCAAGUCCUGCCACCACUUGCUCUAACCCUCAGGGUCCCUCAGCCCAUCAGGCCGCAACCUGGAGGGCUGACAUCAAGGACUGGAGUGGAGGAAAAGCCCACUCAUCAGGGAACCUCUCAUUUCCCCCUGCCCUCUCUGCACUACUGAAGUGUAGCAACCAGACACGUUUAAUAAAUAAAAUGGUUAACUGAUUUUAUAUCAAGAGUAGAGGGGAUGGCAAUGAAGACCCAGUCCUCAUGACUAAACAGCUUCACAUUCAGCUCCUUUCUCUAACAGAAGCUAGGAAAUCCUACACAUUAUUUAAAGUUAAGCAAUUCAAUGUAAAGGAAGUUAGGAGGCAAUAUUUACACGUGCAGCUCUGUUUAUGUUUUGCUUGUGUUGCAGUUUAGGUCAUUUGUUUCCAUUUUCAAGGGAUUUACUUGAAGAGGCUUGCACUGGCUUGAUGUUCAGCACAACGGGCUGCUUUGAUAAAAUGAAACCUACAUUUUCUCUACCAUUUCACUGUGCCUCCUACUCUUCCGUUCCUGCCAAAAAUUCUCACAACCCAGCAAAACAAAACAAAACCAACAAAAAUCCUGGAGAAGUGGCCUUGUAAAAGAAAAAGGAGAUCACAGAUUAGUUCGGACUCCUCUCUACACUCAAGUUUUCUGGGAUCCGUUCUGGAGUAGGGGAAGUUCAUGGUUUCAGUCCCAAACCAAAGAAAUGAUCUGUCCUCAGAGGUCAAAGGACUGAUGUUUCCUUUUGAGGGAAUCUUGAUUUUUUUUUAAACAAAUUCAUUUAAAUUUAAAUUCCAAGUGGACAAAGGCAAGAUCUCAUUAAUAGUUCAAUAUUUUAAACAAAUAAAAUAAAAUUCCUGAUUUACAAUGGAAUAAAUUAUUUUCUCAGUA